UUUGCAUGUUGGCGUGUCUGUAUGUUAGCAUGUCUGGUUGUUAGAUGCGUGUUUAAAUGUAACUAAUAAAGUGUGUCUGUGUGGCUAUUAGAUUUGUGAUUUUGGCCUGUGCCAUAACGCUACCAAAGCACCAUGGGAGAUGUAGUUUCAAAUAUUUUCUGUUUAUGAAUUUGAAUGUUUACUGGGAAUAAACUGUGAUCACGCCCUUUCCUUUCUCUGCAUGUAUUGACAAGGAAAAAAGACGUUUGUGAAAGUUCAAGGUACAGAAGACCUGUGUUUAUAACCUGCUUCCAAACUGAAGAACUUCAGAGAGAUACCCGGCACACUACAGGACAAUGGAGCAAAAGGUCCACACAUUUAAUAAGCCCAAGGUGGAAUUGCAUGUUCACUUGGAUGCGACCAUAAGACCAGAAACUAUCUUGUAUUUUGCCAAAAAGAAACAGAUGGAGAUACCAGGUGGAGAGUGUACGGAGGGUCUUCUGGAGAAAGUGGUUUGCAAAACCCCUGGAAACCUCACAGAGUUUCUAUCCAAAUUCAACAUUUACAUGCCGGCUGUUGCUGGUGAUCGUGAGGCAGUAAAAAGGAUCGCCUAUGAGUUUGUGGAGACGAAAGCCAAUGAAGGAGUUAUUUAUGUAGAGGUCAGAUACAAUCCUCACCUCUUUGCCAACUUUAAAGUGGAUCCUAUCCCAUGGGGACAGAAAGAAGGAGACCUUACCCCAGAGGAAGUGGUUGAAUUGGUCAACGAAGGACUGAAGGAAGGAGAAAGAGACUUCAACAUUAAGGUCAAGUCAAUCCUUUGCUGCCUGCGUCACAUGCCAAGUUGGUCACCGGAGAUCGCAGAGCUCUGCAAGAAGUAUCACAAUAACACUGUUGUAGCGAUUGAUCUGGCUGGUGACGAACGUUUAAAGAGUGAAACAAGUCCUGAACAUAUGUGGGCUUAUGAGGAAGCAGCGAGGUGUGGAGUCCACCGAACGGUGCAUGCUGGGGAGGCGGGGCCACCGUCGGUGGUCAAAGAGGCGGUGGAACUCUUAAAGGCCGAGAGAAUAGGACAUGGAUAUCACACCCUGCAGGACCCAGUGCUCUAUAAACACUUACUGGAGAUGAACAUGCAUUUUGAGAUGUGCCCUUGGUCUAGUUACAUAACCGGAGCCUGUGACCCAGAUUUCACAAAACAUCCUUUAAUCAGGCUCAAGGCAGAUAAAGCAAACUACUCUUUAAGUACAGAUGGGCCACUUCCGUUUGGAACAACACUCGAAAAGGAUUACCGUAUUGCAGCUACUUCUAUGGGAUUCAAUGAAGAUGAUUUUAUGCGUACAAACAUCAAUGCAGCCCAAUCCUGUUUUCUACCUGAAUUAGAGAAAAAAGAACUUCUGAAUAAGCUCUACAAUGCCUACGGUUUGACAGUCAUAUAAGAAGGUUCAAAAACACAAAGGUCCCUCUGAGUGGUCCUCUUUGGUUGAGAGAAAAUUAGUAUGAACUUCGGAGCAUCUAUCCAAAAAAGGAAUAUAUUCAGCAUGUAACGUCAAAUAAAGAUUCACGUUCACUGUUA